AUGAAUCCAUACACCAUCCUAAACCAAGGAAAUGGCAUAUUAUUUGUGGAGACCACCAAGAAAAUGAACCUGUCUUCUUUGGUCUUAUGUGCAAUAGAGUCCGCAGCCCGGGUGUAUCCUGACAGACCAGUCGUCUUUUUCUUGAAAGGACUGAAUGAUAUCACAACAGAGGAGGAGGAAAAUAGAAUUCGAAAAUACUUUCCAACUUUAUCAUCAUACAAAAACAUCUACUUCUUCCCUCUAAGAAUGGAAGAAUUAUUCAUGUACACACCACUUGUGUCUUGGUAUAAAAAGGUUCAUCCCAAGUGGGAACGCUUCUGGACACACGUCAGCUCAGAUGCCUGCAGGUUUGCCAUGAUGUGGAAAUAUGGAGGCAUUUACAUGGACACUGAUAUCAUCUCACUCCACCCAGUUCCAACAAAUAACUUCAUAGCAGCCGAGUCCUCUGCAUUUACCAGCAGUAGUGUUUUUGGUCUCUCUCCAUUUCAUAGCUUGACCUGGGAAUUCAUGCAAAACUUUGUAGAGAACUACAGAGGAAAUUAUUGGGGUUAUCAAGGGCCGAGGCUUUUUACUCGUGUUAUGCAUAGAUUGUGUGGAAAUCUGGAGUUCAAGUCAGUAGAUGAUAAUGUGACCUGUGGGGAUGUCUCUUAUCUUCACCCUGAACGAUUUUAUCCCAUUGUGUCUUCCGCUUGGAAGACAUAUUUUGAGGUGUGGAAAAAUUUACCAACAUUUAACAGAUCUUAUGGUCUGCAUUUUUGGAACUACAUGAAUAAAGAACGUGAAACUAUGGUACCUGAGAGUAGCACACUGGCAGAGCAUCUUUAUCAACAGCAUUGUCCAUUAACCUAUGGAUCUAUACAGAAGAAUAAACCCCCUCCUCAGUAA